GCCAACAGGAUCUGCUUGGAUAUAUAUUAUUUUCAACAAUUUGCAACUUCCCAGUUCUUACUUUCCCUUCAAUUCCUACUUUUUAAUCUAACUUUUCCAUUAAAAAAUAUCCUAAUCAUGCCAAACUGCUAACUGCAAACUAUAAAGUCUGUUGCUUGCGUUUUACUGUUGCUUUUUUAGUGUUUUCACUGUUCUUUUGGGUUAGUUUUUAGUUGUGUUUCUGAAACUGGUUUCAUUUUUCAUCAUGCAUGGCAAAUCUUGAGCUUUUUGCUAGCUGAAGAGAUUAUAUUUUGAGAAAAAUCAUUUCUUGGGUUCUUUUCUAGUUUUCACCAAACUUAGAUGUUUCUGGGUUUGGCGUUAAACUCCCUUGACAUUGCUUUUGUCGUACCGUUUGUGGGUCUUUUGGUAAUGUGACAUCUAAUCUUGUACUUGCUUCAAGCUAUCAAUCAUUCUCUUAAACUUAUUUUUUUAUCGUUAUAUUUUAUUACUUGCUUUAAUUUCUUCAUCAUCAUUGACGUUGAGGUGGUUGGCUUUGAGAUUUGGUGUUUAUGGGAUGGGGAUGGGGAGGCCAAUGAUUCUCCAGUUGCUGAAGCUAUGUGUCAUUGGCUUUGCUUUCAGUGUUCAAGGAUCUGCAGGGUUUUAUAUCUCUCCCUCUCCGGCAUUUCUUUCUGUGAUUCCUCCUAUAGAAGGAACACCUGGUAAUUCAUUGAGAAGUGAUGCCCCAAGCUCAGCAUCUCACCCGAAUGGGUCAAAUUUACACUCUCCUGCAAUACCUCCUAUGGCAUCACCUCAAGUUCCCAAAAUGGUUUCUGGGCUUGCACCUUCCUUGUCACCAAGUACUUCAGUAGAGUUGCCACCAUACAGUACUGCUCCUCCACCCAUAGUCUUUCAAGGACGUGAACCAUCCUUGUCACCGAGCACUCCCUUAGUUUCACCUCCAGUUACUACGGCUACUCCAUCUUUGGCACCUAGUAUUUCAGCAGUGCCAACACCACCAUCUUUGACACCAAGUAUUCCAGCAGUACUGACACCACCCAAUAUGGCUCCACCACCAUUAAUUGUCCAUGGACAAGUACCAUCUAUGCUGCCAAAUGGUCCUCCAGGGAAGGCACCAGUUAGAAAGAGUCCUGUCUCAGUAUCAACUGCUCCAGUUGCUACCCCUUUGAAGGGUUCACCACAACCUUCACCAUUGAUCCCUGCAAGAAUACCAGAAGCUUUGCCACCAAUUACUCAUGAAAGAAAUGCAUCAAAUGAUAAGGCUCCCACCACAGAGCCAACCGGUCCAGUACCAGUUCCAUCACCAACUGGAAAAAUUCCGAAAAAUUCACCUGCUAUCCACCCAAUUAUGCCUGGAGAGUCUCCAUCUAUUCUACCAGAUCCUGCUGUUCCUCCUCCAUCAGUACCACCCUCAAGCAUUGACAGGAAAAAAGAUGGAGUACCAGCUGCUGAACCUCCAUAUGAAAUACCCAAGCCAUUACCACCUGUGAGCAGUUCCCCAACUAAAGGAUUUCAGGCUCCUACAUCUUCACCUUCAGCCUCAUUUCAUAAGCAUCAUCAGAGGAGGAACAAAAUUGUCAGCUCUUCUCCUCCGUCAUAUUAUAUUUCUCCUACCACUUCAAUACAACAAGGUCCGGCAGUCCCUCCUGCAUAUGUUCCUAUUAGCAGGAGAAGGCACCAUGCUCCUUCACCCAUUAAUCAAGUUUACCCAUUGCAUCCCCCUUCUCCUUCAUCAGUCAGUCAUGUACCAGCUGCUCCUUCACCAUCUCCAAUUGUGCCAUCUGUCCAAAUUGAAAUGCCUGCUUUCCCUCCUAAAGUUUCUCCUUCUAGGCCUUCAACAAGGAAUCCAAAAGUGUCGGUUCUGCCACCUAUUCAUGCAUUACCACCCCCACCUCCUAAUGAAGAUUGUUCAACAACUAUUUGCACAGAACCAUAUACAAAUACUCCUCCUGGCUCACCAUGUGGCUGUGUCUGGCCCAUGCAAGUUGGACUGCGUCUUAGUGUUGCACUGUAUACUUUCUUUCCUUUGGUGUCAGAGCUAGCUACAGAAAUUGCUUCUGGGGUUUUUAUGAGACAAAGUCAGGUACGAAUUAUGGGAGCCAAUGCUGCAAGUCAACAACCUGAGAAGACAGUUGUCCUUAUCGAUUUGGUACCCCUUGGAGAAAAAUUUGACAAUACCACAGCAUUAUUGACUUAUCACAGAUUUUUUCACAAACAAAUCCUUAUAAAAUCUUCAUACUUUGGUGAUUAUGAAGUAUUAUAUGUGCGCUAUCCUGGUUUACCUCCGUCACCGCCUUCAGCAUCUUCUGACAUAACAAUAAUUGAUGACGGGCCAUAUUCUGGAAAUAAUGGCAGGGCAAUAAAGCCUGAAGGGGUCAAUGUACCAAAGAGACAAAAAAAACAUGGACUUAGCGGUGGCACAAUUGCUAUUGUUGUUCUGUCAGCCUUUGUAGCCAUUGUUUUAUGUUCUGCCGUUGCUUGGCUUUUAUUGUUUAAAUAUAGAAAUUAUGUUAGUCAAAGGGUGGCAGCUCCACAGACUUUGCAAGCAUCCCAUGCUAAAGGAUCAGGUGCUGCUGGGUCAAUGAUUGGCAGUGGUCUUGAUUCUGCUUCCCUAUCUUUUGGAUCUAGCAUUGCAACAUAUACAGGAUCUGCUAAGACUUUUACUGCAAAUGACAUAGAGAAAGCCACUGACAAUUUUGAUUCUUCAAGAAUACUUGGGGAAGGUGGAUUUGGGCGUGUUUAUAGUGGUGUUCUUGAAGAUGAAACCAAAGUGGCUGUUAAAGUUCUAAAGAGAGAUGAUCAGCAAGGAGGCCGGGAGUUCUUGGCUGAAGUUGAGAUGCUUAGUCGCUUGCAUCACAGAAAUUUGGUCAAGUUGAUUGGUAUAUGCAUUGAGGAGCAUGCCCGCUGCUUGGUUUACGAACUCAUCCCAAAUGGCAGUGUUGAAUCUCAUUUACAUGGUAGUAUUUUUUGGGUUUAUGCAUUUAGUCUUUUUUUAACCAAAAAAAGCAAGUUCUUGUCACAUGGUUUUGGUUAUAUCCUUUUUUUUUCUUGGUUUUCAGGAGUUGACAGGGAAUCUGCUCCCCUUGGUUGGGAUGCUCGCUUAAAGAUUGCACUUGGUUCUGCUCGUGGUCUAGCUUAUCUGCAUGAGGAUUCAAGCCCUCGAGUCAUACACAGGGACUUCAAGUCCAGCAACAUCUUGUUGGAACGUGAUUUCACUCCAAAAGUAUCUGACUUCGGUUUGGCUCGAACUGCCUUGGACGAGGAAAGUAGACACAUAUCAACACGUGUAAUGGGAACCUUUGGGUAUGUGGCUCCUGAGUAUGCAAUGACGGGCCAUCUUCUUGUGAAGAGUGACGUUUACAGCUAUGGUGUAGUCCUCCUUGAGCUCCUAACUGGAAGAAAACCGGUAGACAUGUCACAGCUUCCUGGCCAAGAGAAUCUAGUGGCAUGGGCCCGUCCGCUCCUCACAAGCAGAGAAGGUUUGGAAACAAUCAUCGAUCCAUCACUUGGAUCCGAUGUACCGUUUGAUAGCAUUGCCAAAGUGGCAGCUAUCGCUUCAAUGUGUGUACAACCAGAAGUACAACACCGUCCUUUCAUGGGCGAGGUUGUGCAGGCCCUAAAAUUAGUAUGUAAUGAAUGUGAUGAGGCAAAGGAAGUGGGUUCAAGAAGUUCUAGCAGUGAUAACUUGUCCAUUGAUUUGGCUGAAAGGGCCAGUACAACCUCAGGACAACUGCCAAAUCCUUUGCAUAGUCGUUACUCGGUUGCUGACUACAAUCUGGGCAUUGACUCUGAGAGGGGACUUCCAGUAUCAGGGCUAUUCAGUUCAUCUGCAAGAUUCAUCAAGGAGGAAUCCAGUUCGUUUAGGAGAUGCUUGAGUUCAGGUCCGGCAAGAAUAGGAAGGGGCAAACAGUUCUGGCAAAGAGUUUCCGCAGGUAGUGUGAGUGAACAUGGUGGUGCAUUCAGGUUAUGGCCAAGCUCAUAUUGAGUUCUGAAGUAUAAUUUUGUGCAGACUGAAUUCCUCAGUAAAAACAGUCAUUAAGUAAAUGGAAAUGAGUAAGAUGAUGGGGGCUGCAGAUUUGUGCAAGCAUAACAAGAUGUGAAAGGUGGAAUGAGAAUGAAAAUAGAUAGAGAAAGAUAUAGGAAUGAAUUUGUUACUCAAUUGUACAGAAUAAUGUUGUGUACAUUAUAUUAAGUAUCAAUUUGGAUAAUAAUAAUGAUAUGUCGAUUGAGUAUUA